AUGUUAUUCAAAUCCACUACCAUCUUCCUGGCGGUCCUCGGCCUACUCUCUCCUACCUUGGCCGAGGACAACAAUACCACCAAAGGAUUAAGUACGAAAUUGACGAUAGGUGAUGGUGUGGCAGUCCGAAGUAUAAUCUCUCGCGAGAUGAUAACCGAACCUGGACAAGGUAUUGUUUACGCUUGGUACGAAGAUGAUAUUGGACAAACAAUAGCUGAGAAAUCAACUUAUUUUGAGGUUUACAAAGAACUCAAAUUUGAUACUUCCGGUGCCGAUGUCGCUAGUUUGAACUGUACCACCAAGCAGGGAGAUACCACCAAAGUACUUUGGACCUCGGUGAGUUUGGGUGAUGCCCAGAUAUCAUAA